AUGUACGAAGGGUACAUGAAAGGAGGGUUUCAUGGUGGGAAACAAGAUCAAAACUUUCUUUACUAUCACUACUUAACUUUGUGGUGGAAGUGGAAAUUUAGAAAUUUAGGAAAUUUAGGAAAUUUAGGAAAUUUAGGAAAUUUAGGAAAUUUAGGAAAUUUAGGAAAUUUAGGAAAUUUAGGAAAUUUAGGAAAUUUAGGAAAUUUAGGAAAUUUAGGAAAUUUAGGAAAUUUAGGAAAUUUAGGAAAUUUAGGAAAUUUAGGAAAUUUAGGAAAUUUAGGAAAUUUAGGAAAUUUAGGAAAUUUAGGAAAUUUAGGAAAUUUAGGAAAUUUAGGAAAUUUAGGAAAUUUAGGAAAUUUAGGAAAUUUAGGAAAUUUAGGAAAUUUAGGAAAUUUAGGAAAUUUAGGAAAUUUAGGAAAUUUAGGAAAUUUAGGAAAUUUAGGAAAUUUAGGAAAUUUAGGAAAUUUAGGAAAUUUAGGAAAUUUAGGAAAUUUAGGAAAUUUAGGAAAUUUAGGAAAUUUAGGAAAUUUAGGAAAUUUAGGAAAUUUAGGAAAUUUAGGAAAUUUAGGAAAUUUAGGAAAUUUAGGAAAUUUAGGAAAUUUAGGAAAUUUAGGAAAUUUAGGAAAUUUAGGAAAUUUAGGAAAUUUAGGAAAUUUAGGAAAAUUUAGGAAAUUUAGAAAAUUUAGGAAAUUUAGGAAAUUUAGGAAAUUUAGAAAUUUAAGAAAUUUAGGAAAUUUAGGAAAUUUAGGAAAUUUAGGAAAUUUAGGAAAUUUAGGAAAUUUAGGAAAUUUAGGAAAUUUAGGAAAUUUAGGAAAUUUAGGAAAUUUAGGAAAUUUAGGAAAUUUAGGAAAUUUAGGAAAUUUAGGAAAUUUAGGAAAUUUAGGAAAUUUAGGAAAUUUAGGAAAUUUAGGAAAUUUAGGAAAUUUAGGAAAUUUAGGAAAUUUAGGAAAUUUAGGAAAUUUAGGAAAUUUAGGAAAUUUAGGAAAUUUAGGAAAUUUAGGAAAUUUAGGAAAUUUAGGAAAUUUAGGAAAUUUAGGAAAUUUAGGAAAUUUAGGAAAUUUAGGAAAUUUAGGAAAUUUAGGAAAUUUAGAAAAUUUAGGAAAUUUAGGAAAUUUAGGAAAUUUAAGAAAUUUAGGAAAUUUAGGAAAUUUAGGAAAUUUAGGAAAUUUAGGAAAUUUAGGAAAUUUAGGAAAUUUAGGAAAUUUAGGAAAUUUAGGAAAUUUAGGAAAUUUAGGAAAUUUUGGAAAUUUAGGAAAUUUAGGAAAUUUAGGAAAUUUAGGAAAUUUAGGAAAUUUAGGAAAUUUAGGAAAUUUAGGAAAUUUAGGAAAUUUAGGAAAUUUAGGAAAUUUAGGAAAUUUAGGAAAUUUAGGAAAUUUAGGAAAUUUAGGAAAUUUAGGAAAUUUAGGAAAUUUAGGAAAUUUAGGAAAUUUAGGAAAUUUAGGAAAUUUAGGAAAUUUAGGAAAUUUAGGAAAUUUAGGAAAUUUAGGAAAUUUAGGAAAUUUAGGAAAUUUAGGAAAUUUAGGAAAUUUAGGAAAUUUAGGAAAUUUAGGAAAUUUAGGAAAUUUAGGAAAUUUAGGAAAUUUAGGAAAUUUAGGAAAUUUAGGAAAUUUAGGAAAUUUAGGAAAUUUAGGAAAUUUAGGAAAUUUAGGAAAUUUAGGAAAUUUAGGAAAUUUAGGAAAUUUAGGAAAUUUAGGAAAUUUAGGAAAUUUAGGAAAUUUAGGAAAUUUAGGAAAUUUAGGAAAUUUAGGAAAUUUAGGAAAUUUAGGAAAUUUAGGAAAUUUAGGAAAUUUAGGAAAUUUAGGAAAUUUAGGAAAUUUAGGAAAUUUAGGAAAUUUAGGAAAUUUAGGAAAUUUAGGAAAUUUAGGAAAUUUAGGAAAUUUAGGAAAUUUAGGAAAUUUAGGAAAUUUAGGAAAUUUAGGAAAUUUAGGAAAUUUAGGAAAUUUAGGAAAUUUAGGAAAUUUAGGAAAUUUAGGAAAUUUAGGAAAUUUAGGAAAUUUAGGAAAUUUAGGAAAUUUAGGAAAUUUAGGAAAUUUAGGAAAUUUAGAAAAUUUAGAAAAUUUAGGAAAUUUAGGAAAUUUAGGAAAUUUAAGAAAUUUAAGAAAUUUUGGAAAUUUAGGAAAUUUAGGAAAUUUAGGAAAUUUAGGAAAUUUAGGAAAUUUAGGAAAUUUAGGAAAUUUAGGAAAUUUAGGAAAUUUAGGAAAUUUAGGAAAUUUAGGAAAUUUAGGAAAUUUAGGAAAUUUAGGAAAUUUAGGAAAUUUAGGAAAUUUAGGAAAUUUAGGAAAUUUAGGAAAUUUAGGAAAUUUAGGAAAUUUAGGAAAUUUAGGAAAUUUAGGAAAUUUAGGAAAUUUAGGAAAUUUAGGAAAUUUAGGAAAUUUAGGAAAUUUAGGAAAUUUAGGAAAUUUAGGAAAUUUAGGAAAUUUAGGAAAUUUAGGAAAUUUAGGAAAUUUAGGAAAUUUAGGAAAUUUAGGAAAUUUAGGAAAUUUAGGAAAUUUAGGAAAUUUAGGAAAUUUAGGAAAUUUAGGAAAUUUAGGAAAUUUAGGAAAUUUAGGAAAUUUAGGAAAUUUAGGAAAUUUAGGAAAUUUAGGAAAUUUAGGAAAUUUAGGAAAUUUAGGAAAUUUAGGAAAUUUAGGAAAUUUAGGAAAUUUAGGAAAUUUAGGAAAUUUAGGAAAUUUAGGAAAUUUAGGAAAUUUAAAAAAUUUAGGAAAUUUAGGAAAUUUAGGAAAUUUAGAAAACAUAUAUUUUUUCGAGUAUUGAGGUAUCUGAAGACAUAUCUAUUUUUGGGCUAUUUUUGGUAGUUAA